AUGAACAACAACUUAGAAAACAUACCAAACCAUUCAUCCAGCUCAACUUCAUCACCCACAAAACCUCUCAAACAAACCACAUCCCAAUCCCAACCACAAUCAAAUUCCAAAUCAUCAACCAUCAAACUAACAAGACCUUCAUUAUCGACUUUAACUUCCUCAAUCUCACGCAACAAAUCAAUCAUCUUAUCACCAACUCUAUCAAACCAAACUCACACAACAACAACAAGCACCACCACAACAAGCACCACAUCACCAACUCCAAUCAUUCAUUCAAAUUUAACUUUCUCAGUUGGUGAUCGAGUCAAAUCUACAAAUCAAAUGAUUGGAAAAUGUGCAUUUAUUGGAACGAUUGAUCAAAAAGUCGGACUUUGGGUUGGAAUCGAUUUAAGUUAUCCUUUACAUGAUCCUGGUCAAGCUCCUUGGUAUGGUAAAGGUAAAAACUCGGGUUCAGUUAAUGGGUUAGUUUUCAAAAGAAAAAGUACAAUCGAAUUUCAAGAACCAAACUCAUUCUGA